AUGUGGAAGGAUCUUCCCACCGGACUCGCUACUUCUAUUUGUCUCAUGGUGACUCCCGAGUCUCGGCAAUCGGUUCUCAACGCACCACUUCCCGAGUCUGCACCCCUGGAGAAUCGCAAGGAGAUCCCAUAUGUGAUUGCGGUCUCCAAAAUCGCACGCUAUCCACGCCCGCAGCUCGCCCCUGGCGAAGAAGCUGAAGAUGUUUUCGGUCGUGAUUUCAAAGGUUACUUUGAUGUAACAGUUGAGAGUCUUUUGAGAAAUUUGUACCCCCUGGUCGCUCUGGAUAUCAUGGAUCUUCCUCGACUGACGAUUAACAUGCAACAUGACAAGGAUAUGUGGUUCGAUACGUCUCGAGGGGGUAUACGCCACUACAUGGAAGAGUCCAACACUUUCAGCAGUUAUGGCUUAAUGAAUAUACAUAACAGCGCUAUUGAGAUUGAUGAACCGACACCAAUCAAGUCUCCGGUUACACCAGCAUUUUCGAAGCCAUCAAUCCGUCCAUCAACUCCUCUUGCGGGAAUGUCCACCUGGGCAUUUACUACUGUGUGCUUCCGACGGAGAAUUGGAAUGCUACGGCCACACCUACCGUGGUCUUCCCUCCCACCGGCAACCCGUCCGGAACAAGCGCUAAUUGUUACGAGCGAGUGUGCUUGUCCGCAAAACAAAUGCAGCAAAAUGCUCACACUCGGUAGAUAUUAUGUCAUCCAAUCGGGCGACAACUGUGUUCUCCUUGAAAACGAAUUCGGCAUCACAAUGGCGCAGCUUCAAGCCUAA